AUGGACGUGGAUGAGAACGACACUAGAUACACAGUCACGGUGGAGAGUAAGCUGGAGCUGGAGACGUGCGUCAAGUUCUUGGCCGGCGGCGUGUCUUUCAGGCAGGCGGUGGGUUUGUUUCGAGGCAUGGUGGCGGGCAUUGCAGGUCUGGACCAGACCAACAGAGACGUGACGGAGAAGCGCGUGAAGAACCUCUGUCGCGUGGCGUGCGCGGUGAAUUUGCAGAAGCUGAAGGACUUUCUGGCGAGUGGAGAGGUGUGGGCGUUCGCUGUUGUACUGGAGUGUUGCAAGACGGCUGGGUCGCCCUUCCUGGACGUGCGCGUGCAGUUUGAGAAUAAGGGGGAGAUCCACAGUAUACACUUGGUUGGAGUCGUGAUUCAGGAUGUCGAUGCUGCUGAGGAGAGCGGGGAGCUCGUGGUACAGUAUCUGGAUGUAGUUAUUCGGAGCUGGAAGAUGAAGCUGAUUGGAGUUAGCAGCGCGAAUGAAGGCGGGAGGAAAGUGCGUGCUUGUACGCAAGAGAUUAUCAACCGCUUGGCUGCAGAGUGUGGAGCCCCAAUAUUUGGUGACUGCAGGCUUGAAAUCAAACUAAACCAGCUAAUGGGCGAGGCGUGUAUGACGGUUUUUACCGCUCAGUUCAUGAACACCUUGGUAGCGUUGGUGAGUCAUUUACGCCGACACCGUGCACAUAUCCCCGACGCACCAAAGUGUCCCAAGCUGAUCGAAGGAUCCUGGAAUUCAGCAGUGAAGUCUCUUCAGUGGCUUGUGGCGAACCAAACGUUUGUAAUCGAGUGUAUUGAGAAGCACGAAUACAUUGGCGUUCCAGGGCCUGAGUGGUGGGUGAUUGCGCUGCUUGUUACGAACGUGGCAUGCCGUGUGAAUAAUAUACUGCGGCAAGUGCGAGCUGGCAAGGGGCUAUCACACGAUCGCCAGCACAUCGUGGACCUGAUGAACCACCUCUCCAUGAUGACGGGCGCAGUGGGUCCGUUCCUUGCGUCUGAAUACCUUUCCAUUUCUUGUGAGGACAUCGUGAUCGGCUCGUUCGCCAUAAACCCAGUUGCUACUGCUACGUUCCUCAAGUCCCAAGGAACUUUUGCAAGUGGCGCAGUUGACUCUUUGUCGGCUGAAGCAUACCAAGCGCUGGUGGACGCGGCGAGCACUUUCGUACUGACGGUGCUCACUAAACUCAACCAAAUCAUCUCCGAAUGCAAAGAUCAAGGCAAAGAAGACGAAGAGUAUGCGGACUUAAGUCACGUACCACCUUUUCUUCCGAAUGCUUUGUGCAACACGCGGCACCAAGACCUCGUCAAGGUCAUGAAGCAUCAUCGAGUACGUCUGGAGAACAUUUUUUCGAGCGAGGGAAUGGAGAAAGUUGAGGCCCAGCACCGUGCUUUACGAAAUGCCUAUCUGCUGGAGAAGCGCGUCCGAGAAGAGAUUGAUAUGCAAUCGGACACCAGCUCGUUUUCUGAGGUGUGGCAAGAUGGGAUAGGUGCUGGUUUGGAUUAUCGAGUGCUUCGCUCUUUUUGCGGUGCUUUAGCAGCAGUUGCAUCAACACCACUUCGAUGCUCGGCUGACGCAGAAUUUACUAUGGUCAACUGGUGCAAGGUUCCGUUCUCGCAAUCACUUACCGACUUCUCGCUCGAGGCUAUACUACAUGCUCUGGAUUUUCGGUUCCUCCCCAGCCUUCAGCACUGUUGA